AUGCCAGCUGUACAGAAGCUUUAUAAUGCUUGCAAAGCUUCACUUUCGCCAAAUGGACCUAUUUCUGAAGAGGCAGUUGAGAAAGUGCGCUCCCUAUUAGACAAAAUCAAGCCAUCUGAUGUGGGUCUCGAGCAAGAAGCCCAGUUAGUACGUGGUUGGAAAGGUUCAGUAAACGAGAGAAAUGGAAGCCAUAGAUCACUGCCACCAAUUAAAUACCUUCAUAUACAUGAAUGUGACAGCUUCACUAUGGGAAUAUUCUGCAUGCCUGCUUCUUCAAUCAUUCCCCUUCACAAUCAUCCAGGAAUGACUGUUUUAAGCAAACUUCUGUAUGGCUCGCUGCAUGUGAAAGCCUUUGAUUGGGCAGAUCUUCCUGGGCCUUUGGAUGCCUCUGAAGCAAGGCCUGCAAAACUUGUAAAAGACUGUGAGAUGACUGCUCCAUCUGAAACAACGGUUCUUUAUCCAACUUCCGGAGGAAAUAUACAUUGUUUCAAAGCCAUAACUCCUUGUGCCAUCUUUGAUAUCCUUUCACCGCCCUACUCCUCUGACGAUGGACGACAUUGCACUUAUUUUCGGAGGUCCCCCAACGGGGAUCUACCUGGUACUCUGGAGGUGGAUGGAGUGACAAUCUCUGAACUCACUUGGUUAGAAGAGUUUCAGCCUCCUGAUGAUUUUGUGAUUCGCAGAGGACAAUAUAAGGGCCGCGUUAUUAAACCCUAG